AUGUCAUAUCAACCAGCAAGCAAUCCACCUGCGUACACAGAUGAUCCAAAUGCGCCUCCGUUACACGAUCCAUUGGCGGAUGAUUUCAAGUAUGAUACCGUGGUUUCCGGCUGUGAGUUGAGCAUUCGUCAACAGUUCAUCAGAAAGGUGUAUACAUUGCUCUUCUUGCAAUUGCUUCUGACGACAGGCCUUGGAGCGCUCAUCUCGAUGAAUGAUACUGCAAAGAGCUUUGCCCUGAACAACACUUGGUUAUUCUUUGUGAGUAUCUUUGGUUCAUUUGCCUGCUUAAUCGGAGCCUUUAUUCAAAGCAAGAAGUACCCUGUAAACUUGGUCCUAUUAGGACUCUUUACUCUAUUUGAAGGGUACACAAUCGGUGUCGCGACGAGUCUCUAUGACAGCGGGAUCGUUAUCGAGGCGCUAGUUAUAACUUUGGUGAUCUUUGUCGGGUUGACGGCAUUCGCAUUCCAAUCCAAGUACGACUUCACAUCUUGGGCAGGCGUGUUGAACUCCUGUCUCUUUGCACUUAUCGGUAUUGGCUUCAUCCAAAUCUUCUUCACCCCUUCAAACACCAUGGAAUUGGUAUACAGCGGUAUUGGAGCCAUCGUCUUCUCCGGUUACAUCUUGGUUGAUACUCAACUCAUAAUGAGAAAGUUCAACAUUGAAGAAGAAAUACCAGCCGCAAUCACGUUGUACUUGGACAUCAUCAACUUGUUCUUGAACAUCUUGAGGAUCCUUUCUUCCAGUAGCAACGAUAACUAA